AUGGGCAACGAUGAGAAUUUGAUUGUAUUGGCGGAUGUAGAGGAAGGAGAGAUCUCCGGUUCCGGAAACACUUCGAUUGGAGUUAAGCAGACUCCGGCGGCGGCCGAUGGCGGAGAAGUCGAUGGUGGAGGAAGAGGAGGGUCUAAUGGAAACUCUAGGGUUUGGACAAUGCGUGAUCUGAUCACUAAGUAUCCCGGUUAUCGUGGAUACGCGAAUUCGGGUCUGUACAAUUUCGCUUGGGCUCAAGCUGUGCAGAACAAACCUCUGAGUGAAGGUUUGGGAAUGGAUUACGAACCAAGAGAGAGUGAGGAAGGUGGUGAUGAUAAGAUUAUGGUUGAAGAGAGUGGUGAUGAUGAGAAAGAGGAAGGAGAGUUGGAAGAAGGUGAGAUUGACUUGGAGUCUGCUGCUGCCUCUGAUGAAAAACUUGAUGCAGGAGUUGAGAUGGAAACUGAAUCAGUCGUCGUCUUGACUAGUGGUGAUAACAAAGUGGAUGGUGAUCGGAUUCAGAAGGAGAGGGAUUUGGAGAACAAAGUGAAACUCAUCCGUGGGGUUUUGGAGAGUACCUCGUUAGUAGAAGCACAGACAGCAUUUGAAGGAGUUUGUUCCAGACUUUUGGGGGCGUUGGAGUCACUGCGAGAGGUGGUUUCAGAUAAUGAUGAUUUCCCAAAGAGAGACACUUUAGUGCAACUGUCGUUUGCUUCUCUUCAAACCAUAAACUCUGUGUUUUGCUCGAUGAACAAUAUUUCCAAGGAGCUUAAUAAGGAUACUAUGACAAGAUUGCUCUCUCUUGUCAAUGACCAUUUUUCUCGGUUUCUCUCAUCUAACCAGAAAAACGAGAUAGAGGCGAUGAAUCUUAAUUUAAGCCGUUCUGGUAAUGCUGGAACAAGCAGUGAGAAGAAUGUUAAUCGAAUGGCUCAGACGAGUAAUAAUGAUUCGUUUCCUGCGAGAAAUCUGUCAUCAGAAGGUACACAUCGAGGAGCCUUGUACGUAAGGAGUAGGUUGCCUCUGCUAGACCUUACAAAGGAUCAUGAUGCAGACGACCUUCCUUCACCCACAAGGGAAACAACACCAAGUUUACCCGUUAACGGCCGUCAUGCGAUGGUUAAACCAAAUUUUCCCGUUAAAGAGAGCCAAAUGACUGAAGGUGCCAAAGUCUAUCCAUAUGAGCGUGAGGCCCUUAAGGCAGUUUCUACCUACCAGAAAAGAUUUGGUCUUAACUCAACUUUUAAAACAGAUGACCUUCCAAGUCCAACACCAUCAGGAGAACCUAAUGAUGGCAAUGAAGAUAACGGUGGAGAGGUUUCUAGUUCCGUUGUUACGAGCUCGAAGCAGAGGACUCUUCCCGUUUAUGGGCAAGAUGUUCCUCUGCCCUCCACUUUUAGUUCCAGAGGGAUGCCUGUUGCAAAUGCUGUUUCCAACACUGCUCCACCACAUUAUCUGUUAAAUUAUGGUAUUUCUGCACCUAGUGGUGCUACUCAAACUAUUCUUGCUUCUGAUCAGACGGUGAAACCUUCUGCAAAGAGUCGAGAUCCAAGACUGCGGCUUGCGAAACCUGAUGGUGCCAGUGUAACCACUAGCCAGUACUCUUCAGACGAUGCUAGAAAUCUUUCUAAACUAGAGCCUUCUUCAGGCUUAGUGAACCCAAGAAAGCAAAAAGCCUCUGAUGAACUUUUUAUUGAUGGGCCUGCAUGGAAAAGAAUAAAGACUGAUAAGGUUGCGCCAAAGCCAGCUGGAAUUGGUGGCUGGCUAGAGGUUACAGAAUCAUCAGGGCUGCAGAAAUUGGAAUCCAAACCGAGGCAAACUGAGAACGGAGUAACAUCUAUGAUAACAAGUGUUGUGCCAACGAGUGCUGUUUCUGUGAGCCAAAGUGUACCAAUGACAGCUUCAACUGACGCUGCUGGAUCAUUGUCAUCUCUUUUGAAAGAUAUUGCAGUAAAUCCUACAAUGCUACUGAAUCUCCUUAGAAUGGGAGAAAGGCAAAAGGUACCUGAAAAGGCUCCUCAGAAGCCUAUGGAUCCAAGAAGAGCAGCACAACUUCCUGGCUCUUCCCUGCCACCAGCAGUAGCUCCAAAGCUUAGUAUACCUGCAUCGAAUCCCUUAGCUGCUAAUUUUUCACAGCCAUUAGCGCUUCAGGAUUCUUCCCAAUGUGCCCCCUCGGACGAGUCUGGAAGCAUCCGCAUGAAACCACGUGAUCCUCGCCGAAUCCUGCACGGAAGCACUCUUCAAAGAACAGACUCUUCUUUGGAAAAGCAGUCCAAAGUGAAUGACUCCCCCACUCUAGGAACCCUAUCUGUUAAGGGUAAGACACAAGAGUCUGAAACGCCCUCCCAGCUUGUUCCACGGCAAAAUAAUAGCCAGAAUGGUACCAGAAAAAUGAAUACUUCGGGUGAACUUCUCAGUGGAAAGACAUCAGAUAUAUCAACACAAUUCACCAAAAAUCUGAAAAACAUUGCUAAUAUGGUUGCCGUAUCACAACAAGUUAGCAAUCCCCCAGCAAUUUCGCAUUCAGUAGAGCUUAAGACGGACAAAGUUGUUAAAACGGACCAAGAGAAGGGUGUGUCAGUUUCAGCAGCACCAGCUGGUCCCACUCGUUCCAUGAACAGUUGGGGAGAUGUGGAACACCUGUUCGAAGGAUAUGAUGACACUGAAAGAGUGGCUAUCCAAAGAGAGAGAACUCGGAGGUUGGAGGAACAGAAUAAAAUGUUUGCAUCUAAAAAGCUCUCUCUUGUCUUGGAUUUAGACCACACCCUUCUCAAUUCAGCUAAGUUUCAUGAGGUUGAAUCAGCACACGAUGCGAUUUUGAGAAACAAGGAAGAACAAGAUCGUGAGAAACAGUAUAGACAUCUCUUUCGUUUCCAACACAUGGGAAUGUGGACUAAAUUGAGACCAGGGAUUUGGAAUUUUUUGGAGAAGGCUAGCAAGCUGUACGAGUUACAUCUUUACACUAUGGGGAACAAACUGUACGCUACAGAAAUGGCCAAACUGCUUGAUCCCAAAGGGGUUCUCUUUAAUGGACGAGUCAUAUCGAAAGGAGAUGAUGGAGAUCCCAUUGAUGGAGAUGACCGAGUCCCAAAGAGCAAAGAUUUAGAAGGAGUCAUGGGUAUGGAAUCGUCUGUGGUCAUCAUAGAUGACUCUGUCCGAGUGUGGCCUCAUAACAAAAUGAACUUAAUAGUUGUUGAAAGAUAUACUUAUUUCCCUUGCAGUAGACGGCAAUUUGGGCUUCUUGGCCCUUCUCUUCUUGAAGUAGAUUUCGAUGAGCGACCUGAAGAGGGCACAUUGGCAUCUACAUUAGCGGUUAUUGAGAGAAUACAUAAAAAUUUCUUCUCGCACGCUUCACUGGAAGAAGCAGAUGUGAGGAAUAUAUUAGCUUCCGAGCAACGGAAGAUAUUGGCUGGUUGUCGGAUUGUAUUUAGUCGGAUAAUCCCGGUGGGGGAAGCGAAGCCGCACUUGCAUCCCUUGUGGCAAACUGCAGAACAGUUUGGUGCAGUGUGCACAACACAGGUGGAUGAACAGGUCACUCAUGUUGUCACCAAUUCUCUUGGAACUGAUAAGGUUAAUUGGGCACUAAGCAGAGGUAGAUUUGUUGUUCAUCCUGGCUGGGUGGAAGCAUCAGCUUAUCUGUACCAGAGAGCAAACGAGAGCAAUUUUGCCAUCAACCCGUAA